AUGCCGACCAACAUUGAAGACCUCGAGCUGGAUGAACCUCCAAAUGUCGAGCCCUACGAGGUUCUAGCCGUCGAAAAGACGGCCACCCAAGACCAGAUCAAGACGGCCUACCGCAAAGCCGCUCUCAAAUGGCAUCCCGGUGCGCACCUUGCCAAACCAGAAGACAAAGACGCCGCCCACACCAAAUUCCAAGAAGUCGCCCUCGCCUACGCCGUCCUCGGCGACCCCCGCCGCCGCACCCGCUACGACAACACCGGCCGCACCGACGACUCUCUCGACAUCGACGACGACAUUUUCAAUUGGGGUGACUUUUACCGCGCCCAAUUCGCCAAUGCCGUCACCGAAGCCACUAUCAGCUCCUUCACCACCGACUACAAAGGCAGUGAAGAAGAAAGAGAUGCUUUAUUACAAGCCUACACAAAGUACAAGGGCGACAUGGAUAAAAUCUACCAACAAGUCAUGGUUAGCAAUCCCGCCGUCGACGAAGAUAGAUUUCGCGGCAUUCUCAACGAAGCGAUUGAAAAGGAAGAAAUCACGCCCCAACGCAACAAAGCCCGCAGCGAAGACUUUCUCGACAACCUGGCUGAAAAAUACGGUGCCACGGCAAGUUCAAAGAAAAAGGGCAAGAAGAGAGCACAAUCGCCAGAGGAGCCUCCAGAGGAAGCGUUCGAGAAAACGGCAAAGAGAAAGACGAAAAAGUCAAAGGCUUAG